GGCUAUGGAGGCAAGGAUUUCUACGACGUGAAUUGCAACAACACGUCGUGCCCGGUGAACAUCAACUUGCUGUGCCCCCAGGAGUUGCGGAUAACAGCGCCGGACGGGGGCGUGGUGGGGUGCAAGAGCGCAUGCUUAGCCUUCAACACUGACGAAUACUACUGCAGGGGCCAGUACGGUAGCCCGGACACUUGCAAGCCCUCCUACUACUCCCAGAUCUUCAAGAAUGCAUGUCCUCAAGCAUAUAGUUAUGCUUAUGAUGAUAGGACCAGCACCUUCACCUAUGUGGGGGAUAACUACGAUAUCACCUUCUGCCCUUGA